UUUACUAAACAGGAUAAUGAACUUAGAACCGUGUCAAGUGUGUUUUCAAUCUUUAAAUUAAACUUCAUAAUAUGUAUGUCGAACUUCCUACCUGCAUACAUAUAAAUACCUGAUCUAGUCGAUUCCAAUAAACGUGGUCGUAGUUAAACAUAAACAGUUGACGGAUGGUCCCCUACGUGAUAUAGGACUGUUGCCUGUAGAUUAAAAGUUACGGUCACAUGAUCGGUUGGAUGGUUGAGUUGAGUUGUUGCGAUAAAAGUUGACGUGAAGUGUGUUUUUAUUGAACUGUCAGAACUGAUUGGUGUAACCAUUGCCGGUAUCAUGUUUACAUGAAGUGGUGUAUGUUUCAACUGGUAACAGUGGAUUUAUGAAGAAAAUAAGGACUUUGGUCGCCCAAGAAGAAAGUGUUUUUUAAGUGUCAGAAGACAUAUCAUCCAUUUCGUGUUCUUCUAUGAUACGGGAAUUUGAACAGCUCGUUCCCCGACAUUCUCCACAUCCCAAUGAACAAUCUAGCCCAUGUUUUCUACAAGAACAUCGUUUUGAAUCGCAAUAAGAUUUGCAAUUGCAUCUGACAACAUUGAACAAAUAUUCCGGGGCAGGCGGGAGUUGUGUUUUGAUUGGCACUAAAACUCCAUCAGAAACCUCCCAGCCCCAUUCUUCCGGUUGGAGAAUAGCAGUUGAUGUCAAGUUUUGUACCUGGAAGUACACGCGAAGCGAGUGGAAUAUUGCUGCAGAAGAUGUUGGAGUGUGUGGAGACUGAAGAAGAAUGAAAUGGAUUGUCUGCGAAUUUGCCUGUCAUUUGUCAUCUGCCUGUUCCUUACAAGCUUUCCGCAGAGAUGCAUGGCAUUAAACAUAACCAUGAGCCCUGCCGGUGAUCAAUACUUGUUGGUAGGGUCUACUCUGCAGUUGAACUGCACCAUUGUACAGACGCAUGGUGUCGCCCUAUCAUCUAAUGAUUCCUAUAAAGCACUUGAUCUCAGCAUCCGACACCGUAAUAGGAGCAUAUCCCAUGCUCAGUUUGAAUAUUACGAGCCAGAGUUGACACUGGCACUAACCAUUCACCAUGUAACACUCGCUGACGAUGGGAUGUACACAUGUCACCUCAGGAACAAUAACGAAAUAAAAUACUUGACGCUUUUCAAUGUUGCAGAGCCACCCGGUGAACCGACCAACUUGACCUGUGUAUCCUACAACCUCAACAACAUGACAUGUUCGUUCUCCCUCACUAACAUUGGUUCUAAUCCAGCUGUCAAUUGGACCAUAGAGUAUAAAACGCCGUCCGGUUUGGCUAAAUGUAAUUUCACUGGGAAAUGUGCUCCGAACCUCCCUGCACCCACCUCCUCUCUGACUGGUGGUAGUUACGGGUGUGAUUUCAUACCUAGCAACCGGUUCUGUCCCACCAAACAGUACACUAUAGUGGUGAAGGGUGAAAAGGAACAUUUCAAUUAUACAACACAAAAAACCUUUCUGAUAGUGGCUGAUGCCUCAGUAGUGAAGCCAAACCAUGUUGAGUCUCUGAGGCCUCAGCUGGUGUCAGACAAUUACACGGCCAUGCUGGACUGGGACUACCCUGCCUCCAUCGAUCCAAUCAAUAUGGGACAGAUGGAGUUCAGUAUCACUGUGACACACACGCUUGGCUGGGACUCAAGACACAUGAUAUAUAGACCACCAGCGCCUGAAGAAUACCUGUUUAUUCCCGAAUGGCCAACAAAGUUCCAGUACAAUGUGACCAACCUCAUGGCUUACAGUAACUACUCAGUCAGUGUGAGAACAAGGUCCAACCAGACAAUAGACGAUAUAUACUGGAGUGAGCCGGCCACCGUCACCUUUCAAACCCCAGCAUCUGCCCCCCUUGAAGCACCAUCAGUAGUGGAGGGUGGACACUGGGUCCAAGAUACAGGGCAGGGCUGUGAUGGCCAGUUCACUUGUGUCACAGUCUACUGGAAGAUUCCACCAGAGCGAACCUGGGCCGGCCUGGUCACGGAGUUUUGGGUCAAUAUUGACAAGCCCAAAUCCCCCAGAGUAACACUUCGUUCUGUUGGAAUGAGCACUUCUUUGCGGCUAGAAGGCAUUGUAGACCAGGCAGAAGGCUACUCUGUCAGCGUACAGAUGGCUAACCAUGUUGGGAUGUCACCAAAAUCCAUGGAUGUUAUUGUGUACCCAUGGAAACAAGCAAGGACAAUGCGUGCAGACUGGGUUUCCGUACAGCAGGCCAGGGACAAUGCCCUGUUGUCAUGGUCACCACCACAUGACCUGUGCCAGGACAUCACCAUGGUUACAUACUUCUGGUGUCAUAUAGUGGCAGGUUCUGAGGCAAACUCUCUGCCAGAUUGCCAGACUUUAGACUGGAGGAAUGUCACAGUGGAUGGACUUUGUGAGCACUCUGUCUAUGAGUGGCUUAACAACACAGGUGACCCAUCAGGCAUGCGCUAUGCUGUCUCCAUAUCAACCAGUAAUAGAACUGGGGGCAUGGUGUGGGACAAAUAUCGCUAUAGCAACUACAAUAUUGUGCCGGUGAAGCCACUUUAUUCUGUGAAGACUGUUCAGGAAGAUGCCCAGUCUUUAGAAGUGGCCACGACCUUUCCAGAUCUUCCAGCCAUAAAUGAAGGGGGACAACCCAGCUUCCUUGGCCUGAUAUAUAGGAAGGUUACUUCCCCUGAUUUAGCUUGUCCUGAAGAUGUAGCACCCCAGCGGUUUCCAGUUGAUUUCACCAACCACACAAUCAUGAUCAACAACUUACAAGCUGGUGCUCAGUAUGUUGUGUGUUUGAGAGCAGAGAAUGAGGCUGGGAACAGUCCUUAUGGGGAACCAAUCUCCAUGCAAUUAAACAAAGCCGAUUCCACUAAGCUGGUGGUCACAAUUGCAGUUGUAGUGUCAUGUCUCAUUGUUUUAAUUGCUGCAACCAUUUUUGGACUCUGUAAAUGCAGAGAAAGAAUAAAAAGGUUUAUCAACAGCAAGAGGCAGAUCAGCCUUACAUUCCUUCACACUAAAGGAAAUGAUGGAAACACGAAUGAGGACACAGACAGUGGUCACUGCACUCAGACAGGGACACCCAUGCUGCAUGUCACCUUGGAGAAGCCUGAGCACUCCAUUAAUGCUGUACAUGUGUCAACAUCUAACGGCUCCUGUUUGUCAGGAUACCUCAAAAUCAAUGGUUCCAGUGAUCUCCUGUACUCAGACAGGGAACCAGGAUUUGAAUUGGUGGAGAGGUCAGGGGGACAGUCAAACCAUGGCUUUGCUGUAGCAAUUGACGAGAAUUUUCACAGCGCUGACACAAUUCAGGAUAAUAAGGACACCCCUGGAGGGUGUCAGCCUCUGGACGAUGUUCGUGCUCCAGUGCAGUCUGGGAAGGACAAUCAUACUAGAUCUCAAGGUGCCGGGGAGUCAGCAGUGAACCUGGAUGUUGUAGUGGAUACUGGAGACAGCGGGUCAGGUAAAGACAAUCUAGCAGAGGAACUCACUGCCAGUCCUGCACUGUCUGGUGCUGCAACUGCUGAUAAAGACUCUGAUAUGGACUCUGACACUACCUCUGUUGUUGAUUCCCAAAGUCAAUAUUUUGGGUCGGAAUAUAAUUCAUGCCCUUAUAGAAAUCCUGAAAACAUUUCAUUGGAUAGCUCAGCUUUCAGUGAAAUAUGUGUAUCCAAUAGCUUCAGGCCUGAAGAUUUUAUAGACUCUCCAUUGAUUAGCCAGACUGAGCUAGAGUUAAAGGAUGAGAUGUGUGAUACUUUUGUAAACUUUGGUUUCAAAAAAGAAGAAAUGACACAACACAUUUCAGUUGUUCAUGAUACUCACUCUGGUGCCAUCCAAGGUCUGUCUGAGUUGUCAUCUAUAGUAAGAGAGCCCCCAGUGGUCGUUGGCAGUGGUCACAGUGGCCUGAAGAGUUCUGGGGACAGUGUCACCUCCUACUCCAUAGCAUGCACCCCUGAGGGAGGGGGCAGGGAGCGGAAGGAGUCUGAUGAUUCGGGACAUUUCUCUCAACAGAAUGCAAACUCACCAAUACCUGACUUCAAAAUUGACCUAGACCCACUAAUUGGGAAAAGCACAAAAAUUGAACUGAAUUCAAAUAUUGGAAACACACAAUUCUAAUAGGUUUUUGUUAUAAUGUGUGUGUUGGUCUAGGUCAUUUUUGAUUUUCAUAUACAUAAGAAGUGAUCAUGAGAUUAUUAGUUGGGCCUAAGUCAUUAUCAUAAUGCUCUGUAUUUCUUCUCCAGGCAGUACAUUGAGAUUCAGUUUUAUUUUAUUUGUGUUAUGCCUUGAAUGAUUUAUUUUAAAAUGUACAAACUACACCCUCCUAGCUGCUCUUUAAGUAAAAUAUAUUGAUUUGAUAGUGCCAAAAUGAUAGCAGUAAGCUGUGUUUUAAAGUUUCUGUGAACUGAACUGUGGUAAUUUUAUCAGAUGUGCCAUAUUAUAUUGUAUAUAUGCAGGGCCUUAUUGUCAUGCACUUUAACACAAGGACACAGGUGUGUAUGUUUUUUAUGACUCAGUUGAAAAAGUAUAUGCUUCUUUCACAUUUAAUUGAUUCAUGUAAAUAAUCUAUCUUUGGUGAAUGUUAAAGAAAAAAUUAUGCUUUAUAUGUAUAGUUUGCAAAUUACUGACAGGCAUGAAAUUGUACUUGUUAUUUUGUAUUUAAAGUAAGGCCUAUAUAUUAAGUGUAUUCAUAACAUUAGGACAAGUAGCAAUUAACAAAUACCUCCAGAUAUAUGGCAAAUCCACAUCAUACCAUGUGCCUAAAGUAUGUGUAAUUAUUGUGUUGUAUGAUUGACUUACCAUGACAACUAUGUUGCCAAAACAGCAGAGUGUCACUUGUUGCUGCUUGUUUCAUUCUUUUUUGUUCACAAUAACAACAAACUACUCCACAGCUCUUGUAAAAGAAGUCCUUGGUAUCACAAACUGGACCAUAGGCCCUUAUGUGUGAAAUUGUUUGAUACUCAUAUUGGAUUGUCAACAAAUAUGGGGGGUUUUAUGCCCCCUUUUCGAAGAAAAGGUGGCAUAUAGUGAUAGGACUGUCCUUCUGUCUGUCUUUCCGUCACACUUUGCGUCUUACACACACGUCUUAGGUUUAGAAAAAUGCUCAUAACUUCUAUGUCCCUUGAGAUAUAACCUUCAUAUUUGGUAUUCAUGUGUAUAUGGACAAGGCCUUUCCAUACGCACAAAAAGUUUGACCCCUGUGACCUUGACAUUGAACUUAGGGUCUGCGUUUAGGUUUCAAAAUCUGCGUUUAGGUUUCGAAAAAUGCUCAUUACUUCUAUGUCCCUUGAGAUAUAACCUUCAUAUUUGGUAUGCAUGUGUAUAUGGACAAGGCCUUUCCAUACGCACACAAACUUUUACCCCUGUGACCUUGACCUUAAACUUAGGGUCCGCGUUUAGGUUUCGAAAUCCGCGUUUAGGUUUCGAAAAAUGCUCAUAACUUCUAUGUCCCUUGAGAUAUAACCUUCAUAUUUGGUAUGCAUGUGUAUACGGACAAAGCCUUUCCAUACGCACAACAUUUUUUACCCCUGUGACCUUGACCUUGAACUUAGGGUCCGCGUUUAGGUUUCGAAAUCUGCGAUUAGGUUUCGAAAUAUGCUAAUAACUUCUAUGUCCCUUGAGAUAUAACCUUCAUAUUUGGUAUGCAUGUGUAUAUGGACAAGGCCUUUCCAUACGCACAAAAAUUUUCACCCCUGUGACCUUGACCUUGAAGUUAGGGUCCGCGUUUAGGUUUCGAAAUCUGUGUUUAGGUUUUGAAAAAUGCUCAUAACUUCUAUGUCCCUCGAGAUAUAACCUUCAUAUUUGGUAUGCAUGUGUAUACAGACAAGGCCUUUCCAUACGCACACAAAUUUUGACCCCUUUGACCUUGACCUUGAACUUAGGGUCCGCGUUUAGGUUUCGAAAUCUGUGUUGAGGUUUCGAAAAAAGCUCAUAACUUCUAUCAAACGUUUAUAGGGGGCAUAAGUCAUCCUAUGGUGACAGCUCUUGUAAUUAUAUUAGAUUAUAAAAGAUGAUAUUCUAAACACGUAUAUUAAGUGUAAAUUUACACAUAUUUUGUUCGAUUUAUAGAUACAGUUUGGAUGCUUUCAUUAUGCCAAUACUGCAGUUGAAAUUACCAUGUACUGCACUCUGAUGACUGCAGUGGUCUACUUGUCUGAAUAUUUCAGGUUUGUGGUAUUAAAACUUUAAAAUGUUCUUUGCAUGAACAUGACAUAGAUUGAUACAUGACAUAGGUUGAUGCAUGACAUGUGUACUCUCCUUUUUUGCUGCUCUUUAAAGCUUGUGUCGAAAAAUAGCAUUACUCAAUGAUUGAUGCAUAGUUAACAAUAUCAAAUAAUGUGUUCAUUAAUUAUUAAUUGCGCUAAAUGUAAUGAAUGUGCAAUGUCUCCUUGUGACAUUUGUUUGCUGGAGAUUAUAAAUAAGUGGUUCAUAUCAUUGGAAUUUAAAUGCUAUGUACAGAAAUGAAUGUGCAAUUUCUCUUUUUGAAUUUUGUCAGCAGGAGAUAGUUUAUUGUUGUUUAAUACUUGUGGUGCAACUUCUUUAGGAAAACAAUUGGAACAUGAACCAAUUACUUGUUUUCUAAUGUUGAUUUAAUACUGUAAAUACUCGCUCAUAAGCCAAGAUAUGUCUUCUUUAAAAAUUGUUUAAAAUGAAAGUCGCAACUUAUGAGGCAUAUCGCUACUUGAUGUUAUGGUUGUUAGUUGUUGUUGUAGCAGUGAAAACUCUUUGAUUUAUUACACAGACAAUCAGAAUUUUCAUGUAAGCAGUUUCUAAGAGUCAGUGGUAUUAAUACCAAUUUCACAAAUUUUCUCAAUCUUUGUGAAUUGACUGUUUGAUGUAAUCAAAAUAAAGCCAAUUCCAUGAAGUUUCUUAUCUAGAAGCCAUCAAAUAGCACCUUUGGCGCCAACCAAAUAGAAUCAUGUGUUUUUAACUCAUUGUCAAUCUUCAAGUGAUGUUACAGCACCACAAUAGGGUAUUUUGAUUGAUUAAUGUUAUCGUAUAAAGUGGAAAUUUUUUACUGCUUUAAUAUCUGGAUUUUGUUAUUUGAAAAAAAAAACGAAAUUGGAUUGUUAUGCCAUUGAAUCUGACAAUCAAAUUAGUGAAGUGGUAAUUUUUCUGUCAAUUAAUGACCCGGAUUCUCAUUUUCCCUUUUUUGUAAUUUCUACACCAGCUAUGAAAUGAACAUUCACACAAUGGCAAAUGUUCGGACCGUUGUAUGCGUUUGUAAAUAGGUGACUCUCAAGUUAAUAAUAUUUGUGCUAGUUAAUAAAACUGGUGUUCGUGUGUUCACUUGCUUGUAGAGGUCUGGUGUUCAAACCCUAGGGCAGACACUUAAACAAAUGUUUUUACUUUUUGUUAUAAUGAUUUAAAACUAUUCAAAACAUUACAUUGUUGUAUAUAAAUUUGUUACACGAUAUUUGUCAAACAUUAAUCUGUGAACGUGUCCUUUAACAGUAUGUGCAGUCAGCAUAAAUUUUAAGCACUUACAAGAAAGGGGCUUGAUUGUUUAUUUUCAUCUCUUUAUUUUGUUUUUGAUCAUAUUUUAAUCUAUCAUCUGAUCAUUGUAUAAAAGUAUUUUAUCAUACAACCUCAUUGAUAUCUGCUUGAUAUAACGUUGCCUGAUAUAUCUUUUCAUAUCAUGGUCAACAGGAAGUUGAGGAUUGUCAUUUUACUCCAAAUCAACUAUAAAGUAAUCAUUUUUAGUAAAAUCGAAUCAGAUUCAACGAAACAAACAUUUGAUACCAAGAUGUUAUAUAUUUCAAACACAACAUGCAACACAAAACAGCAAAAAACAUGUUUUACAAAUAUUAAGCGCGAGUGGUCAUGACGUCAUUAUUAACACGUCAAACAACGAAAGUCAUAUUCUUUCCCGCUAAAACUGCAGCUUUUAUGUGAUUUUUUCAUUAUUUCUUUAAAAUCGGGGACGUAGAGGUAUGAUAAACAGAAAAACAGGUUACUGCCUGAUCUCUUUGUUAUAUAUCAACUCGGCACGAAUAAAAUAACGGCUCGGCAAGCCUCGCCGUAAUAUUAUUCUAAGCCUUGCCUGAUAUAUUACAAAAAGAUCAGGCAGUCGAUCUAACCUGUUAUUCUCUAUGUAUCAAUGUUUUACCUUGUGUAAGCAGUUGUUCAAUAUUCUGAACAUAACUCAUUAAUGAGUUUCGCUUCCGUAUGGUAAGAAAUUACUAAGGGUGUAUAUCCCAUACACCAUCCGUUACUAACAGUGCUACUAAGAAUACUGCAAACAAUUGGUGCCUUGUCAUAUUGUGUUCAAUGAUUUUGUUUCUAGAUAUUUUUCAUUAAAUGUUGAUUACUAAUGAAUAAAUCAAAGCAUUGGAUCAAUGUUAAUUUUGAUAAAUGUUAUACAUGUAAUAAUAAAGAAAAGCAACCUAUUA